GCCGUGUUGUCCCGUGAAUUUCAUGAAUUUCCCUGAAUUUCGGUCUUUUUGUAGUGAAAAGUGGUGAAAAAACGCGUAAAAACCCCGAAAAAUGGCCGACGAAGUGCUCCGCGAACUGCUGGAAGUCGAAAUUUCCGGCAAUUUCAGGGAUUUCUUUGUGCAAAACUUCCAGAGUUAUGCGGCAAAAAAUAAUUGCAGCGUGGAAAGGUUUGCGUUGCACUUUUGGGAGGUCAUAAAAUCGCAAACGGAGGAUUUUACGAAAAGCAGCUCGUCAGCAUGCAACACACCGAAAAAGCCUGGAUUAGUGUCAACGCCAGGCAGUAAUGUACGUCAACAGCCCGCAUCCGCAUCAUCAUCAUCGUCGCACGUGUCUGAAUCCCGUUUGCGACAACAAACGACAAUUUCACGGGAACUCUUUACACCGUCGUUGCCGCAAAAAAACGUGUUUGACGAUGACAGUCCUCGCGAAGUUAAAAAUAGCGGCAAGAAAGGCAGUAGUUUCCACGAACAAACCUCCGAUGACAAAUGGAGUGAUUUUGAUUUGCGUACUCGAGGACGUCGUAGCAUGGAAAGUGGCAAAAAAACGAGUGCCGUUGUGGCAUUUGGCGAACGAGAGACAAAUGUAAUGACAAGUACGCCAGUGGGGGGUAAGCAACGCAAUACGACGCAGCGGAAAAGUACCGGCAGCGGUAGUCCCAUGUGCUUGGGUGACUUUAUCAUGGGUCCCAUGAAGACCAAGCAACGAAAAUCGCUCGGAAAUGAACCUUCCCCGACGACACUGGAGACAAAAAUCAACGAAAAUCGCUCACAUUCGAAGCCGAAAAAACGCGUUGCCCCAAUAACGCUCAGUAAAAGUGUCUCCAUGAUCCCCACAGAUGCUAAUAAUGCAUUUGCCACGUCAGAUUCCUUCAUCAAAAGCGCCGAGACGCCUCAAACGCCCGAACGAGCGCUCCUAAAAACGCACAAAGAAGCCAUAACGAACGAUUUUUUGCAACAAACGCAGGAUCAACACGUCCGAAGCUUACAUGCCGCCUUCAAAGACAAAAUAAUCGAAUCCUCUCAACCACCGCCGCUCGAAAUUGACUUGACCAAAGUCACGCACAAGCAAAUAAUCACUCGUUUAUCGGAUAUUUUUGUAAUUUUAUUGGACUGCAAUUUAGCGAUAAAUAUUUUGACUGAAAUUUCGUACCUGGUUAACUUGAUAAACACUGAAACGGAUCCUUUUUCGCGCGAAACGACGCCAGGAGGCGCCACGAGCGUUUUGAGGAAUUUAAAUAAUUGUAUAUUUUUUGCCUUGACGACACUGGCACGCCUCAAGCACUUGCUCGUCAUGUUGGAUGCGAAAACGAUAAAUGUUCUCAUGAAAAAUGAGCGGAUUUCCGCUAAUGACGCGGAAUUAACGAAAUUCCUCAAAGACAUUUUUCAGUACAAGUCGAAUUUGGCGUCAAAAUUAACCGAUAGCAAUAAUUUACCGGGAUAUAGUUACGUUUUUUAUCAGCAAGAAAAUGAUUCGAAGGGAAAUUUUCCGACGGAACGAGAGUUUGGAGCUUUUAAGAAGCAGAGGGAUAUGUUUUAUGCCAUUUUGAAAUCAUGGGAACAAAAGCACUUCAACCCAUCCUUCAAUUUCUCAUCAGAAUACGGAUCAAAGGUAAAAGCUCUUUUAGGGAUCAUCGAUCAUCCAAUAAAUAUGGCUCAUUUGGCAAAAUUAUUCACUGCCCAACUAAUAAUUUCAUGUAAUUUCGACCAAUCCGCAAGUGAACUUCAAUUAGCACUUCCCAGCAUAGAUUUAACAAAAUUAUCAAAAUUACGACAACGACUUGUAGCCCCGAGCCAAUUUAGCACCCAAUUUCUCUUUCCGGGCAACCAGGCGUUCUUCCAGGACUUUAUAAUAGCUUCGGACAACAAUUCCAUGUUCUUGGAGCAACUAAAACUCGCGCUAAUUGCCGAAUUAAUGGAGAUGAAUGACGCUUCGUAUUGCACACACGUCGAUAUCGAAUGCAGCAUCGACACGUUAUUGGAUGUGAGUAACCGAUCGGCAAUUAUGGCACGUGCGAAUAGCGAAACCGACCAAAUUAUUCAACCGUCGACAAUCAUCACAAUGCGUGUCCUUGCCAAAUUUAUCGGUUUUGUCACGUCCCGUCCCUACAUGUAUGACGUAUCGAACCGAAAUUUCGUGGUUGACGAACGUCAGAUUCAGUUGAGGAACAUGAUUUUGCCCACGUUUGACAUCAAAAGCAUCAUUUUGAGAAGUGCGACGGAGAAAAAGCUUGUUGUGACAAUUCCGUGGAUCGUUCAGUACCUCUACAUGCUGGAUUAUGUCUCGCUUUGCUUGGAUUACUACAAAGGAGUGUUCCGGUUGCUGUAUAAGCUCUACAUAAGCUAUGCCAGUGAGAGUUUGGCGGAGAAAUUUGUCAUCCGGGCAUGUCUGGGAUGGCUUUUUGAGCAUUGCAGCUUGAGCGACGACUAUUUUUCGUAUCACGCCGAGAUCCAAAGUCAAUUAGAGACGCUUGACACUUCAAAAUCGCUCAUUUUGCAUGAAAAAGAUUUGGCCGAGAGAUGUUUGAGUCCCCAUUUGGAACACAUAAUUGUCGCAGCAUGUCCUUUUUUGGCUGAUUUACGAGUUUCCAUCAUGCCAUCGCGUUUUGAGAAGCAAGUUUCGCGUACGGGACGCUUCCGACAUAUCACAACGACCCAAACGACAACGGGAAAUGGAAAAUUGCAAGCUGCGCAAGAUGGACAAACAAAACUCACGGAAGCGUUUUUGCAGUCGCAGAGUUUAUCGGUACGAAGGAUCGUGGAAUUCAUCGUAGAACGUGUGACAUCGGCUGUGGUGAAGGAUUUCCAGUACAAACAUAUGAUUCCAGUGAAAAAUGAGGCAGUUGAGGGACUGAAAUUGAUCAAAAGUAACGAUGCGAAAGUUGUAGCUAAAGAAAUGACCGAAUUGUACCUGAAAUCGUUCGCUUUGCUCAUCAAAUUGUGGGACGAGACGGUUUUCGUAGCGGUUGAACGUCGCACAAAGGCUGCCUUUGAUGCUUUGCUCCCAUUAGAGACGAUUGAAAAUGUGAAAAAGACCUGCAUCCAUCUCGCAACCGAUAAAAUAAUUCGUAAAGUCAACGAUUGGCGCGUUUCUCACAUGCGCGGCACCGAAAUCUUCUCAAAAACCAUAAGAGCCGAUGCAGAUCGUCUCGUAAAAGCGAAUAUCACGGAGCAUCAAACGAACUUCCAGAUCAACAUUCAUCACGAGUUGCCAUCCGAAUUUUUCAACGCUUGUCAGGAAAUUCAGCACAAAGCCUCCUUGCACCCGCAAAAAGUCACAAAAGAACUUUUGAUGAAAUUCUUGAAAAUGUUUCACGAUAUUUUGGUGCAUCAGCAGUUCACGACGAAUCUUUAUCGCACCUGCGGCAGUAUUUUGUUGGUUCUCGUGCAAACCCUAAUUGUGACGAAACCCGAAUUGAUAACUGACGACGAUGUUCUUGAGGCAUCGAAUCAAAUUUGGAAAUCUGAAAAAAUGAUUGGAUUUAUCAAGAAAUCUAGACAGGACGAGUCCCCUGAGAGAGAAGAAGGAACUCCGACGAAAAAACAGAACAAAAAUUUAUUCGCACAUUUGAUUAGUGCGCGCUUUAUUUUGCAGCUGGAUGAGGCAACGGAGAAAGAUGCGACGAUUAAGUGCCUCCUCAAGUGGCUCAAAAGUCUGAUUGAAAGUCAAUUAGUGACGAUUAGUGAGUUGAGUGAGAUGUUUGUUAGUUUAUUUCAGUAUGAGUGGGAGAGGGAACAUUUAGAGACAAUUCGUUUUUUGAGUAAAAGUUUAUCAGAGUUUAAGUCUGUUGGAUAUUUAGAAGAAGAAGAUGACGACGACGGAAAAUCUAAUUUAUUUCUAGAUUUAGUUGCAGAUUUUGCAGUCGACUUAGAAUGUUAA